AAGCGACGGUUGUGCCAGCUUGGCCUGCUGCCGCGUGGCUUCUUUUCGCUUUCGAAGGGAGCAUGAACUUUGGGAGUGGCGAUGCGAUUCUUUGGGACGGUCCAAUCCGUGGAACCACUGCUGGCGAUGCGCUCUUCCGGUUCUACAACGGCUUCGCUUCCCGCAAGCAAUCCGGGCAGGAUCUAGGCAGCCGGCUCGAUGUUCUUCGGCGCUUCGUCAUGGCUGGAGAAAGACCCGCAACAGUUCCAAACCGAAGGUUGCCGCGCUACAGGCGAAGAAUCGACACAGACAAUCUAGCAGUUUUCCCGAUAGACGGCGGGCGGAGGAAGGCAUCAUUUAUCCUUGAGAAGAUCAAGGAAGAUCUCGCGGAUGCGGGGCUUCCAGUACCUCCAGCAAGUAUACAACUUGAAGGUUUGUAUUCGUCCCAAAGUUUGAUGUUAUCAUUGUCUAGGGGCGGUCAUGGACUCGAAAGAGAAGCAACGCCUUCAAACCAUCUUUGAAUGGAGUGGCUUUGAUGGGGUGAGUUCAUUCUCUCGGUCAUAUAAGAUUUAUCCUUUCUUUCUCU